GGGAAUUCAAACAUGAUGUGUAACUCAUACGCAACUGUCUAGUUUUAAGGCUGAAAGAGCGUAGAACAACGAUUUACUAAGAGGUACUGCGGGAGUUUCAAGAUUUGAUCAUGUGGUUGUACAUCCUCCAGUUUCUGCUGGUCAGUAAAUCACUAGCCGAGACGGAUCGAUGGUAUUGUCCCUAUAUUUUAGAAACAUCAAAACGUGCCACUACAUGUCCAACAAAAGAGGAUGAUAUUAAGGCAGCAGCUGCUCGUUUAAAUUGCAAAGAACAUUCAUUAGUACAAAACUGUACGGACCCCAAAAACUUCAAGUAUCAUUGUGUCAUUGAUGCAGAAGGGAUACACCUUUAUGAAGUUUGUGCAGAAGAUCGUUUCAUACUUGGUUACUGCACUGAGCUUAAUAUAGCAGGGGCGAGAAUACAGGGGCAUUAUUCAAAGAAAUGUACUGUUAUGGAUCCACCAUGUCCUGUCAGGUAUCGCUCAUCGGAAGCAUUUAAAUACCCUGUUUGUUAUAAUCUUGAAAAAUCAAGACCUUCAACAAGAAAGUAUGAAAAUGAAGGUGCACAUGGAAUUACAGCAAAUUUGACUACUGAAAUACCGAAUGACAACAGCAUUUCUGAACAAGUUGAUGCACUCGAUUCGCAUAUGAUUUACAUAACUAUUGGAGUUUUAACCUUUCUUGUUGGUGCUGCUGUGAUGGCUCUUUAUUACGGAAGGAAGAAAUGUGGUCAACAUCGAAGAAAAGGUAGUCAAAGAUAUUGUCCACAUUGCUCUAGGAGGUCAUCGGAAAGCUCACAGGGAAUGUGUAUGUAA